AUGGUGAUGGAGACCAAGGACCUCCGACAGGCUGGUGCUACGAAGACUAAUAGAGAGGAGGCUCGUUAUCGCAACGAUGCGGAGCCUAAUGACGACAAGCUAGGAGACUGUGCCAAGCUACGCUGUGGACAAGUGGCCCGCAAGCCCAAACGCAAGCGCGCGUCGUCCGUAGACGACGAUUCGAACGAAGACGUUCCCAUCUCUGCCUUGGAGCCCAGAGAGCGUCAUGCGAGACGAAAGAGCGAGGCAGGUGCUCACGGAAGGAAUCAAUCGAGGACACGCCUCGAGGACAUUCUCUCUGAUGAGGAUGUAGUCAUGUCGGACGCUACGGUGGAGAAGGCCAAGCCUGGACCAAAACCAAAGAAAAAGGCACCUACUGCAGCGGAAAAGGCUGCUGUAAAGGUUGCUGAGCCGAGCAAGGAAAAGGAGGACACCCCGGCCAAGGAGGAGGGACCAGCAAAGGGCAAAGGCAAGGGCAAAGGGGCUGCAGCUGCUGGGGCCGCCACCACCACCGCUACUGGUGGACGAGGAAAGGGCAAAAAGGAUGCAGAUGCUAAACCUGAGAAGGAGACUACAUCAGCCACCAAGCCCAAGGAAACCGCAAAGGCGGCGAAGAAGCGAAAGACAGAGGACUGA